GAUCAAGAGAGGUUGAAGUCAUCCACUCUGAUUGGUCCACAUCAUGCCAACCCACUGAAAUCAACCUUGAUAAAUCAAAACCACAGGUCACUCACUCCCUUUAUUUCCAAUUUCAAAACCACUCAUGGAAUUCCCCUGAUUUCGCUUCAUAACUGUUGUUCAACAAGGUCAAAAUCAAUCAUCGUAAGCUCAUAGUGCUCUCUUCGAUUCAAUAGAUCUUAUCUUCUUAAUCCAAUCGUCAUGGGCCUAUGGGAAGCUUUUCUCGACUGGCUCCGAAGCCUAUUUUUCAAGCAGGAAAUGGAGCUUUCUUUGAUUGGGCUCCAGAAUGCUGGCAAAACUUCUCUUGUUAAUGUUGUUGCUACGGGUGGAUAUAGCGAGGACAUGAUCCCGACUGUGGGAUUCAAUAUGCGCAAGGUAACUAAAGGAAAUGUGACAAUAAAGCUGUGGGAUCUUGGAGGUCAACCGCGGUUUCGCAGUAUGUGGGAGAGGUAUUGCCGUGCAGUUUCUGCUAUCGUUUACGUUGUGGAUGCUGCAGAUCAUGAUAACCUGAGCAUUUCAAAGGGUGAACUCCAUGAUCUUUUAAGCAAACCAGCAUUGAGUGGUAUUCCUUUGCUGGUUUUGGGCAACAAAAUUGAUAAGGCUGGUGCCCUUUCUAAGCAAGCUUUGACAGAUCAAAUGGAUUUGAAGUCUAUCACAGAUAGAGAAGUGUGUUGCUUUAUGAUAUCUUGCAAGAAUUCAACAAACAUCGACUCAGUCAUCGAUUGGCUUGUGAAGCACUCAAAGUCAAAAAGUUGAAGACUUUAUCGAAGCAAAUUAGAAAGAAAAUGGACCGCCAUUUUCGUGUGCUUGGUUUGUGUCGAGUUUGCCGGACUUGAUGUAGAAUAGAGAGAUGUUAUGCGUGAAUUUGAGUAUUGGUGUGUCCUAUGGUAUACCUUAUUAUUAUUUGCUGUCAUUCUUUCUUUCCUGAUCUUGGUUGUUAUGUUGUAUAUCUAUUUCGGCUACGUUUAUGAUGUUCCAUGAGUUCUGUUCUA